AUGGGAUCAAGAAAAAUAAAUGCUAGAGGAAGACAGCUGCAAGAAUUAUUCAAAGAAGGCUUUAUUGAAUGUGUCAACGAUGAUAGUACAACAUUUGAAAAGAAUGACUAUGAAGAAAAAUUUGACUGGAUAUUAGCAAGUCAACCACUUCUUUCAUUUAUAUCACAUGUCGAAACUCAUCCAACAAUAGGCACACAAAGUGGACAUAAACCGUUAACCUUCGAUAUCCCAAUUGGAGUUGAACCAAAACCACCAUCUCCAAGAUUAUCCCUUAACUUCAAAGCAGCGAAUUGGCCAAAAUUCAGAAGUAAAUUAAAUGAACAACUAAUGCUAUGGAACAAUAAUCGUCUCAUCAAUUCAGCAUUAGAUAUAGAAGAAUACACAUCGUUCAUUACCAACAGUAUUACUUCAGCAACACAAGAAGCUAUACCAACAUCGAAACAACUGAAUACAAACAUUAAACUAAGUGAAGCAACCAAACAUCUAAUCCAGCUCAAACAUAAAACUUAUCGCAAAUGGAAGAAGACUGGAGAAGAUAGUGAAAAACAACAAUAUUAUAAUUACAAGGUGCUAUUAACCAAUUCACUUAAAAAUGACAGAAAAAACAAUUUCAACAAACUUAUGUCAUCACUCUGUCAAAAGAAAAUGUAUUCAGAUGCAGUAUGGCUUACGGUUCGCAAGUUUCACAACAAGCGUAUCGAGCAAACACACUCCUACAAUGUCCGAUAUAAUAACGUUAUAGCAACAUCCGACAAAGAAAAAGCCGAUUUAUUUGCUGAAUAUUUCCAAAAUGAAGUUUAUGUCAAACCACCGGACACACUGCCAUUUCAUCAGCAAGUUAUACAGCAGGCACAUAACAUCAUACAUGGAUCUUCUAACACGAAACUAAACAAGUGGAAGAAGAUCACUUCUAAAGAAGUUAAAUGGACGAUUAAACAACUUCGAAAUAGCUCAUGUGGUCCUGACAACAUUCACAAUAGUAUUGGAUAUAUACCAAAUGGAUGGAAAAAGGCUAAUAUUAUACUCUUAUUAAAGCCAAAUAAAGAUAAACAACAGCCUUCAAGUUAUCGUCCAAUAAGUCUCCUUAGUUGCCUUGGCAAACUUCUGGAGAAAAUAAUAAAGCAACGACUGAUGGACAUUCUGGAACAACGAAACAUCCUACCAGAACAUCAAGCCGGCUUCAGACCUAAAAAGAGCACCUUAAACAACAUGAUAAGGUUAACUAAAUAUGCACGUAAUAAUCUACAGCAAAAUGGUCGUCGAAGACAUUCAGCAGUCAUUCUAUUUGAUAUUAAAGCAGCCUUCGAUUCUGUCUGGCACGAUGGACUAAUAUAUAAAUUAAAUGAAUUACGUAUUCCACAAUAUUUAAUGUAUUAUCUCAUUUCAUUCCUACAAAAUCGAACUGCUUGA